UGUUUCAGAAGAACGUUUAACCAAAUGUUCCAAGUCAGUUGGUCAUUAAUUAUUGGUUGUCCAAUCCAGAGCCAUAUCUAUAAGGCUCUGGUCCAAUCAAAACGGAAGAUUCUGCCGAAAUUCUCACGUGCCAACCAUUCUUGAAACAUUUUGAAAUCACUGGCUAACGUUAACGUUCCUGUUAUUUAUUUUAACAAGUGGACUGCAUUGACUCUCACUUUUUAUUUACAUUGUAGUUAUAAGAACAGCAUGGAGGAGGCUUCUCUGAAGAAAUCAACUAGCUCCAAAUGUUCCUCUCUUCAUCCUCAGGGGCCUGCAUGUGGCAGUAAAGGAGAGUCACAGGCAGCGACAAUGGUGAAGUUGCCCAAUGGCCAGAUAAUGCAAGUACAAAGAGUUAUUCAGACACCUCAAUCAACUGUCAUCCAGUCCCCACAGGUCCAGAAACCUCAGCUCGAAGAUGCACAUCAUGGAAAAGAUGCUCCAGGUUCUAAGACGCGACGAGAAAACGUCUCCCGUAGAGCUCCAUACAGAAAAGUCAACAACUUGGCAUCCGACAGCCCCUCGGUACCUAGAAUUGAAGACAAGGCAGAAGACGGGGAUAAUUCUGGUGUACCAGCAAUUCCUUUGCAGACAUCUAUCUUUCAGACGAGCACUGGCCAGUACAUUGCUUUCACACAGGGAGGUGCCAUCCAAAUCACAAAUGCUGCAGGAGAGGGAUUGCAGGGACUGCAGACUCUGACCAUGCCCCCUUCAGGCGCACCUCAGUCUGGGCCACCCAUGGUACCAUAUGGCACACAGUCAGGGGAUGGGACCCAGCAGUACUACAUGCCAGGCAGCAAGAUGAUGGUACAAGCUGCCACUGGUGAUAUAUCAGCAUACCAAAUUCGCACCUCCGCACCCAGUCUGCCUCAGGGGGUGAUGAUGUCUGGGUCCUCCAGCUCCAUGCAUAGACCCCAGCAGCACACUGAAGAGGCCACUCGCAAAAGGGAGCUGCGCUUGUUAAAGAAUAGGGAGGCUGCCAAGGAGUGCAGGCGGAGGAAGAGGGAAUAUGUUCGCUGCCUGGAGACCAGGCUGUCUGUGCUGGAGGUGCAGAACAAGAAGCUGCUGGAAGAGCUCCAGUACUUGAAGGACAUAUACAAUGUCAAGUCAAGCUAAGACGUUCUUUAGGGCCGACUCCUUCCAGCAACAGGGAACAGAGGAAAAUCACAAUGCUGCCUUGACUGUUCUGCCUUUUUCCCCCUUUCACUGUUACAUUCCUUCAAAAUGGCUGUUAUUUAAAAGGUCUCAAAGGUUUAACUUUUCUACACAGCAUCAUUUGCUUCACUGCUAUUGCAAAAUAUUUUCCUCUGCCAUGGUGCUCAGCACAAAUAUGUAUUACUAUUUAUGCUGUUUUCUAUGAGGGUUUCAGAAACAUUUAAUCCCCCCCCACACACACACCAGUUUUCAAAGGCACAAGAAUGAGCAUAAUAAAGGGCUGUUAUGUUUCAAAUUUUCUAAAACUUUCCAUCCUUAAACAUAAAUGGAAAAGAUUGGCUGCUCAUGAUUGUAAAAUAAAAAUAUACAGCUGUUUUGGUCUGUAUUAUGGUAUGUUUUGAACAAGUCAAUCUCUGUAAAAGGUAUUUCCAACCAUUUGGUAUUAUUUCCUUUUCAUGUAAUUCUGACCUUUUGACCUUUCAUGUAAUUCCGACCAUACAUGUGAUUUUGUUUGUUUUGUGCUUUAAUUGUAUUUAUAUUAAAUGGUCUUAAAUCUA